UUGUUGGGAUGCGACUAUCGAAACAAUAUGUCAAACGAUAUUAUUGUUAAGCUGCAUUUUCUUCUACCUUGCAUUUCUCUAACUAUUCUUACUCUGUUGAACUAAGUUAUGGCGACUAUUGUUGGAGGAGCACUUCUUUCAGCUUCCAUGGAGAUGCUGGUGGGAAAGAUUGUUUCUGGCGAGUUUGUUACCUUAUUUCGGAGGACUAAUCUUGACGUUGACCUUUUGGAAAAGCUGGAGAUAACACUGCUGAGUCUUCAAUCUGUACUUUAUGAUGCUGAAGACAAACAGAUCGCUAAUCCUGCUAUCAAGAAGUGGCUGGAAAUGUUGCAAGAUGUUGUCUUUGAAGCUGACAAACUGUUCGACGAACUCAACACUGAAGCUUUAAGGUGCCAAGCUGAAGCUGGCCAGGUUCUUAAUAAGUUUUUGUCUUAUUUUAAAAGGUUUAAUAAAAAGAUCAAUUCUAAAUUGCACAAAUUAUUUGAAAAAAUAGAACAUUUGAGAAAGCAGAAACUUGGAUUGAAAGAAUGUGAUUCCAACAAUGUUUGGAAUGUAACUCCUACAACUUCUAUUUUGGGAGAUGAAUCUGCUAUUUGUGGAAGAACUGAUGAGAGAGAGAAGCUUAAAGAGUUUUUGUUGUCAGAGGAAGGUUGUGACAGUGGAAAUAAAAUAGGAGUGAUUUCCAUUGUGGGUAUGGGAGGAUUAGGAAAAACAACACUAGUUAAACUCCUUUACAAUGAUGAUGAUGUGAAGGAGAAAUUUGAGGUGAGAGGGUGGACACAUAUUCCAAAAGAUCUUGAUAUUUUUACAGUCACUAAAACCAUUCUUGAAUCUGUCACUUCAAGAACAAUUACAGAUACUAACUUGGAUAAACUCCAAGUACAAUUGCAACAAACAUUAAGUAACACAAAGUUUUUACUAGUAUUAGAUGAUAUAUGGCAUGGAAAAUAUGUUGGUUGGAAUAGUCUAAAUGAUAUCUUUAAUGUUGGGCAUAAAGGGAGUAAGAUCAUCAUCACAACCCGAGAUGAAAGAGUUGUACUACCCAUGCAAAAAUUUCUCUAUGUCCACCAUUUAAGAUCUUUGGAAACUGAAGAUUCAUGGUCUUUACUAGCCAGACAUGCAUUUGUAGAAAGAAACUGCCAACAACAUUCAAAUCUAGAAACAAUUGGUAGAGAAAUUGUCAAAAAAUGUGGUGGCUUACCAUUACCUGUAGUAACACUAGGGGGUAUUCUUCGCUCCAAAUUGUCACCUGAUCACUGGAGUGAUGUAUUAAAUAGUAGUAUUUGGGAACAGACAAAUGAUGAGGUGCAGCCAUCUCUGCUAUUGAGCUAUCGUUAUCUUCCUGCUCCUUUAAAAGGAUGCUUUGCUUAUUGUUCAGUUUUUCCAAAGAACUCAAUCUUAGUGAAAAAGAUUGUGAUUCAGUUGUGGAUUGCAGAAGGCUUAAUACCUCAGCCCCAAAGUGACAAAAGUUGGGAAAAAGUAGCCGAAAAAUACUUUGAUGAACUAGUGUCUAGGUCUUUGAUACGUCAACAUUCCAUUGAUGAUGAGUCAAAAGGCUUCAUUAGUGAUGAGAAAUUAUGCUUUGAAAUGCACGAUCUCAUCAAUGAUUUAGCUAUGACAGUUUCAUCCCCAUAUUGCACUAGGCUAGACAAUCAUAAGGCAAGUGAGAAAGUAGAUAAAAGGGUGCGACACUUGUCAUACAACAGAUCAGUAUAUGACUCGGAAGAUAAAUUUGAAAAAUUCCAUGGAUUAAAAGGUCUACAAACUUUUGUACCCAUGCCAUUGCAUUUUUUAUGGCAUUAUGAUAAUUUUGGGUUGUCGAAGUUAUUUUUUGACAUUUUGUCGACAAUGACACAAUUACGUGUGCUGUCUCUUUCAAACUACAAAAAUAUCACAGAGUUACCCAACUCUAUUGGAAAUUUGAUAUGUCUGCGAUACUUGAAUCUCUCUAGAACUCAUAUUAAGAGGUUGCCUUCAGAAACAUGCAAGCUUUACAAUUUGCAGACAUUGUUGUUGUCAAGAUGCGAGGAACUCACUGAUUUGCCAAAGGACAUGGGGAAAUUGGUGAAACUACGCCACCUUGACAUCAGGGACACUAAAUUGAAGAAAAUGCCGACACAAAUAUCCAAAUUAAAAAAUCUACAAACAUUGUCGGACUUUAUUGUGAGCAACGUUAAGGAUGGUGGGUUGAAGAUUGAGGAUCUUGGAAAAUAUCCCCAUCUAUCAGGAAGCCUUUGCAUCUCACAACUUGAAAAUGUAACUGACCCAUUCCUUGCUUCUCAAGCAAACUUGGAGAUGAAAAAGGAAAUUGACAAGUUGAAACUAGGUUGGUCUUAUCCUGCUCCUUCAAACUCACCGAUACAAAGUGCUGUAUUGGAACGGUUGCGUCCGUCUACAAAUUUGAAGCGUCUGAUCCUCUCUGGAUACAGUGGAGACAAAUUACCAAGUUGGUUGGGCGAUCCUUUGAUUGGUUGUCUUAAUUCUCUUCAAAAGAUGACCUUAGAAAACAUUUCAUCACUAACAUCUUUUCCGAGCAACAGUUUUCCCAAAACCUUACAAUCUCUCAAAAUUAAGGGUUGUGAUUCAUUGCCAUCAUUUACCUUGUGCUCUCUCCCAGUCCUCAAAAGUCUAAUUAUUAGAAGCUGUAAACAUUUAAAAUCUCUCAUAAUUGCAGAAGAUGCAUUGAAACAAAAUCUUUUGUUUCUUAGAACCAUUGAUAUAUAUGAUUGCAAUGAGCUGGAGUCGGUUUCCUUAAAUGGAUUUCCCAUUCCUAACCUCUCUUAUUUAAGUUUGUGGAAUUGUGAGAAGUUAUGUUCUCUACCUGAAUCAAUAAAGACUCUAACUAGCCUUCAAAAAAUGGAAAUUAUUGACCUUCCAAAUUUGCAAUCGUUUUCCAUAGAUGAUAUACCUAUCAAUUUGCGGGAAUUAUCGGUCAGCGAAGUUGGAGGGAUUUUGUGGAAUAAAACUUGGAAACAUCUCACUUCUCUUUCAGUGUUGUUGCUUUUGUCUGAUGAUAUUGUGAAGGCUAUGAUGAAAACUAAAGUUUCGUUUCUACCCACUAAACUCGUUUCCUUACGAAUCUAUGGUCUUGAAGAUAUAGAAUGCUUGGAUGGAAAGUGGCUUCAACAUCUCACCUCUCUCCAUACACUGGAGAUUUAUGACGCACCUAAGCUCAAGUCGUUGCCAGAUCAGGGGGAGUUGCCUUCCUCUCUUAAAGUACUGCAUAUCUAUAAAUGUCCGUUAUUGGAAGCAAAUUUGCAGAGGAAGCAAGGGAAAGAGUGGAGUAAGAUUUCUCACAUUCCUUAAAUAUAUAUA